AUGACUGAAUCGUGGAUUGGUUAUGCAGUUGUUGGCUUGUUGGGUUAUCUCACCUAUAAAAUAUACAUUUAUCCAUAUUAUUUGUCACCUACCCGUAGAAUACCUGGUCCACCACCGGAAAAUUAUUUUUUAGGGAAUCUUAUCAAAAUAGCUAAGGAGGAGCCCGGCGAACCAUACCUCGAAUGGGCAAAAAAAUAUGGUAAUAUCGUCUGUUAUCACAAUGUCGCCAAUCGACCAUUCGUCUCCAUCACCGAUCCAAAAAAUUUGCACAAGAUUUUAGUCAGCAACGCUUAUGACUUCAUAAAACCUCCUCAGCUGUCAACCGACUUGAAGGCUAUCAUGGGUAAUGGGAUACUGAUGGCCGAAGGGAAUGUUCAUAAGCGACAAAGGAAAAUGAUGAAUUCAGCUUUCUCGUUUUCUAAUGUUAAGGAAAUGAUUCCUUCAUUUGUGCGUGUUGGAAGGCAAUUAGAAAAGAUAUGGAGAAGUCAAAUUGAUGAUAAAGAAAAAAAGAUAAUUAUUUCCCCAUGGUUGACGAAAGCCACUAUGGAUAUCAUCGGAUUGAUCGGAUUCGGCUGCGAAUUCAACAACCUCGAUUCAAAAAACGACAUCGUUCUUGCUUACGAAACUUUAUUUUCUUCAAAACGUACUCUACUCGACAUCGCAAUAACCCAAUUGGUCAGUUUCUUCCCAAAAGUUAGGAGACUUCCACUUCCUAGGAACAUUGUAAUUCGCGGUGCCAUCAAAAUAAUUGAAGAUAAAUCAAAGACAUUGGUUAAAGAGAGAAAACAACUUUUUCGUCAGGGAAAAAAUUUAAGCAGUAAGGAUCUGUUGUCUUCAUUAAUUAGCAUUAAUGAAGAAUUGCCGGUAGAAGAAAAAAUGAGUGAUCUAGAGCUGCAAUACCAGAUAAUGACAUUCUUGGUAGCAGGUCAUGAAACAACAAGUAGUGCCUUAUCAUUCAUACUAUACUUUCUCGCUCAAAAUCCUGAUGUUCAAGAUCACCUAAGAAAAGAAUUGUGUGAUGCAUUUCCUGAUCCUGAUUUCAUACCUUCAUUUGAUAAUCUAAAUUCAUUAGAAUAUCUAAGUUGCGUAAUUAAAGAAUCGAUGAGAAUUGCACCUUCAGUUCCGAUCAUUCUUAGGGCGCCAAAUGAAGAUCAUAUAUUUGGUGAAUAUGUGAUUCCGAAGCAUACACCAAUUGUGAUACCAAUAGCUGCAAUCCACAAACUCCCUGCAAUAUGGGGCGAAGAUGCUGAGGAAUUCAAGCCAGAACGAUGGCUAAACCCCAAUAUUUCCUCCGAAAUCAACAACCUAAAUUACUUACCAUUUAGCACUGGUCCCCGUUCCUGCAUAGGAAACAGAAUGGCAAUGGCUGAGAUUAAGACUUUGCUGUCAAUUUUGAUCCGAAGGUUUAGGUUUCGAAAAGUUGAUGGUUUCAAGUUUAGAAAAAGACUAGCGAUAGCUAGCAGACCUAAUCCAGCUAUUGAAUUAAUGGUGUCUGUAGUUGAGAGUGCCUAG